UAUGGCGGCUGACUAUGCAGGUGAUAUAUUGUCAUUGCGUCGAUAGAGAAACGAACUUAAUAUCUUGAAAGAUUCAUUCCCUAUCAUUAUGAGUAGACGAAAAAGAAACAUAGAGCCUCCAAAACGACGACAAGGUGACCAAGUCGAACAAUUUUUGUGGAAUACGAGGUCAAAAAAUAACGAGAUUCUGGGCGUUGGAAGUGAUCCAACUGAUAAUGUUAACAUGAGAAUUGUAGAUAACGACUGUCAUCUUGGUGUGACUGGGUAUAUGUUCAUGCUUUCUCAUGAAGUAUGUCUACGCGAUGCUGUUGGAAUUAUUGGCAGUUUUUCUGGACAGUUGCUUAUUUGCUCAUCGAAAGAAAGAUCGAAUUUAUCUGAUACUAAUGUUGUUGUUGGUUUGGUCAAACAUGACAGUACAAAGAAAUCUUCUCUGAGCUCUAAUGGUGUUAAUGCAUUUAUCAAAGUAUCCGCGAAUUUCAACCAAAUAGAUAGCUUGUCAUAUUUAUACAAGAAAAAUGUCAUUAUAAUUGUUUCAGAUGUUGAUACUUCAACUGAGGCGAAUACAGAAUGUAAAUUGAUGGUUUACUUGAAUAAAUCAGGAUUUACAGCUGUAGAUGAUCCCAAUGAACAUCCAUGCAUGAAAAAAAUACACACAUCAUUAAAGAUUGUUAUGGAAUGGCUUAAUGGUCCUUAUUUCACUGAAAAUGAACGUGAUACUUGGUCCGCAGAAAAUGGACAAAAUUUUGAUCAUCUUAUUCAGUCAGUCUUUGAUUCAUUGAAAAGCAAACAGUUGAAAGACAAGAGAUUUAACGAUCAAAAACUAUGUGGAUACCUUCAACAUCCAUUCUUGAUACCAUCAUUACGAGAUUAUCAGAAGCAAGCCAUACAAUGGAUGAUUGACCAAGAAAAUGCUAAAGACAAAAUAGCAGAGAAAUGUCAUCCGCUUUGGCAAACCAUCAAUAUUGGUAAAAUAAAAGCUUGGUAUAAUCCUUACACUGGAAGAAUUAGUGAGAAUGAGAUUUCACCAUUUCUACUUCCUACUGGUGGAAUUCUCGCUGAUGAAAUGGGACUUGGCAAAACUGUGGAAGUUCUUGGCUGUAUACUAAAUAAUCCUAGAAAAUUCAAGACUGACUCAGGAUUGUUGCAAAAGAUUAUUCCUUAUGAUUUCUCUGACAAAGAAGAAAAUUCCAUGAUCAAUAAGAAAGAUCAACUUAAGUCUCUCAUUGACUUAAAUGUUUCCAUGUCAAAUAUUACUGAAUCAAUGCAGGUAGAUUGCCCUCCGAAUGACAACCUUGAAUAUUUCCCUUGUCAUGGUAAACAUCAGCUGGUUUGUGAUUAUGAUUUGAUGCCAAGACCAGAGAAGAAAAUUAAAUUUGAGGAAUGUUCUUUGUCCGAAGAUAACAAUUCCCCAUUUACAUUUAAUGGUUUAAGUGAAAAUGAUUGUUUUCAAAUGAAGCCAUCUGCAGAUGUGUCAGAAAUUACCAAUCAAUUUAAGGACAUUAAAAUGCGAUGUAUUUGUGGUGCAACUGACUUUGGUCCAAAUGAAACAAUCCUUGUCUGUCAAUCUUGCCAACAUUCACAACAUCCUUCUUGUGUUGGUUGGAAAAGUAAAUCACAGAAGCAAUAUGUAUGUCCUGAUUGUUGUUCAAAAAUGCCUCUACUUCAAUCCAAUACUACACUUAUUAUAUCUCCUGUUCCUAUUGCCUACCAAUGGCUUGAUGAAAUCCAUCGUCAUAUUAAAUGUGAAAGUCUUAAUGUUAUGGUUUACAAAGGAGUUGCAAAACAUGGAUACAUUUAUUCAUCAAUGCUAGCACGAAAUGAUAUCAUUCUAACGACUUAUGACGUGCUAAAAAGAGACUUUCAUCAUUUAGCAUCCAAGAAAAACCAUUACAGCCAUCGCCAACCUAAGAGAUAUGUGGCUUGGCCUUGUCCACUAACCUGUAUUCAAUUUUGGAGGAUUUGUCUCGACGAAGCACAAAUGGUUGAAAACACAACAGCAAAGACGACAGAAACUGCUCUACACCUAACCGCUGUGCAUAGGUGGUGUGUUACAGGGACACCGAUCCAAAAAAGUGUGGAUGAUCUUUAUGGGUUAUUCCUGUUUCUUGGGGUUGCACCUUAUUACAAAAAGCACUGGUGGAAGAAAUUAUUACAUGAACCGUUCAUGGGAGGAGAUAUUAAACCAUUGAGAAAAAUUUUGUAUCAAAUUAUGUGGAGAACGGCCAAGAUUGAUGUUAUUGAUCAGGUAAAACUUCCUCAUCAAGAUGAAUUAAUGAAUUGGCUCAACUUUUCUCCUGUAGAAUAUCAUUUCUACCGUCGACAAUACGAAGAUUGCUCCAAGUUUGCUCUGAGUGAGUUGCGAAAAUUCCAGGAGUCUGAAAUGGAAUUGAGUAGUCUGGGUAGAAACAGUUUUCAUAAGGUCAUGUGGCCUUUACUGAAACUACGUCAGGCAUGCUGUCAUCCCCAGGCCGUUCGUGGCGGUUACCUUGCCAUCAAGAAAAAUGUGAUUACAAUGGAUCAACUUCUCGAUAGUUUAACAAAUAAAGCAAAAAUUGAGUGUCAAGAAGCACAUAGACAGUUAUUGUGCGCAAUAAAUGGGCUGGCGGGAAUUUUUAUCUUACAAGAGAAGUAUCAAGAGGCAGUAGAUAUUUACAGAGAAGCUAUGGAUUCAUGGAAAGAACAUGAGGAACGUUUUAAAACGGAUUCACUACAGAAACUGCAUACACUGUACAAUCUUGACGACAUAUUAACAAAGAACGAAAAAUGUAGCAGAACUUUGAGCGAUGACGAUUUACGACAAAAAGCGUUCGAGAUCAAAGAGAAAUAUUUGAUGAAGAGAUCGUAUCAAGUUACAAACGCUGAAAAUGAUGCAAGUAAUGCUUGGAAAGCUCAUGAUGAAUUGAAACAAAAGAUAGACUUCAAAUGUCCAUGGUGGAUGUCAUAUAUACGAACGAUGUUAGAUGAAAGAUUUCCUGCUCAUAAUAUAAGAGCUCAACGUUUAUUAGAGAAAAUUAAGUUUGAUUUGGCUGCUGUUAGGAAUACACAAGAAUUUGAUUCAAUAAACUUGGCAGAUUGCUUUUCUGAUUUACAUGGCUUACAACUUGUUCUUUUUCAAAAACUGGACGCAAUUGAGGACAGUCAAAUCAACUUGUUCACUGAGUUAAAGAAAAUAAUGAAGGAACCAACGAAUGACAUUGUACAGUCUGCUGCCGAAUGUUGUUUACGUCCAGUUGCAAAUAGCUCAGCUCCAACCUGUUGUUUUUGCAAAGUAAAUAAUUUGUUGUCAGUUUACGAAUCGUCAAUAUUUGCACAUCAAGGUUAUAAAGAUGCUGAUGGAGAAAGCAUUACUGGUUUGAGGGCUGAGACAGAAGUAUUUCGAGCUCUUAAAUCAAUUUAUGCUUUUUUUAAGAGUGAAAAUAAACGUAAUUUUGAAGACUACUUCGAGUUACAACAACAAGCUCAACUUCAUAUGGAGUAUCUUGAGUCCAUAAGGAAGAAUUUUAAAGUGUAUCGUCAACUUUGGAAUUCUUUACAUCAACGUGUUUCAGCGUUAGACGAGCUUUCCAUGUGUACAAUGAGGUUACGUUUACGCUUUCCUGGUGAAAAUAUUCCUGAGAAUCAGUUUUAUAUUGUUGAUCCAACAGAGGUUGAAAGGACGAAACUCGGCUUUUGCUCUGACAAAACUCUGGCUCAUUCCAGUUUGAGGAAGUCUCUGGGUCAACUAUUGUACUUAAAAAAUUUAGCAAAGACACAAAGUACUGAAGGAGGAGAAAAUACUGAUAACUGCCCAGUUUGCACUAAAGUAUUGGGUUAUCAGUGGAGUGUAUUCUCCUGUGGUCACUGUCUGUGUUGUGAGUGUAUGUGGGUGUUGUUGGAGCAACCACGAGUUAUUUUUCAAAAUCGUUCCAAUGUGCGUUGUCCAUUGUGUCGUCAUGUGACGAUGGUCGAGGAUAUUUCGUAUGUUAGUACCGCAAGACAACUUACUGAUGAAGAUAAAGACAUAAACGUAAAGGGAAGUCAUUCAACCAAAAUUGAAGCGGUUCUGCGAACAUUAAUAAAAAUUCAACGAACAGACACUGGUGCAAAGACUCUAGUGUUUUCUACGUGGCAAGAUGUUCUUGAUGUUAUUGCGCAUGCUCUCGAUGAGAACAACAUGAAGUAUCGAGCUAUCAAGAAAAGCAAAGAUUUUGAGUCGAAUUUGGAGGAAUUUAAAAGAUCGCAAGAAAUCCACAUAUUAUUGAUUCCACUCCAUUCUGGAUCAAAUGGUCUCAACAUUAUUGAAGCAACUCAUAUGAUACUUGUUGAACCGUCAUUAAAUCCAUCAUUAGAGAGACAGGCUGUCAGUCGUAUUCACAGGAUUGGACAGACUAAGGCAACAUUUGUUCACCGUUUGUUGAUUAAAAGUUCUGUGGAAGAAAAGAUUGUGAAAUUCCUGCAAAAUAAAGAGGAAUCGGGAAAGAGCUGUUGUAUGCAAGGAAAAGACGGAGAAAAUGUUCCAUUAACUGUUGGUGAACUGGCAUCUUUCUUCGAACAAACUUGAGCAAAUUAUCGCUGUAUUUUUAAACGUUAUCAACGGGGUUAUAAUGUUAUCGUGCAUUUUAAAAGCAUAAUAUAAAGUUUUAUGACAUACACGUAUGUGGUUUGCCAUUGUUUUCUACUGUUAUGUUAGAAAAUAUUGCGAAGGACAUUUUAUCUGCCUGACAAAUCUCAUUGUGUUGUGCUUAAUGAAAUAAUUUUGAGAACAAUGAAAAUGAGGGAAAAAUAAACUUUAUGGUGUUUUCGUUAUGUACAUAGUCUGCAAAGUUGUUAAGUUAACUUCUUAAAUAUAUUUUCUCUGCUUAUUCCGUGACGGUGAGCACAAAUCUCUUGUAAAUAUUUCAAUCUUUCUUUUACUUGGUGGAAAAGCUAAACGUAUAAAAAUAGUAAUUAUGAUUUUAAGACUGACCUUUACAUUAA